AUGCAUGUCCACGACGUCCUGAUUGUGGGAGCCGGUCCAGCUGGACUAGCUGUCGCUGCGAGACUUCGUGAGCACACACCCUCGGCAACUUUCACAGAUGACGAGCAUGAGCGGUACCACUGGAUACGGAAACAUGGGCGAAAGAUGAAUAUCAAGAACUACCGCACGAACAAAGACUCUUUACCUUCACCACCCUCUACACCUGAAGAUUCUGAUGGUGGACCAGACAGCUCGACCUCAAACGAGGCAUUAGAUAUGCUCGUUCUGGACGCUGACGGGUGUGACUGGAUGUCGAAAUGGAAACGUCUUUUCAAAACUUUCAACCUUGACUUCUUACAGAGUCCAAUGUUUUUCCAUGUGGACCCUGCCGAUCGCGAUGCCCUUCUAGGGUACGCUUACGAAAAGAAGAAUGGAGAGAAGGACCUCUUAGCACUUCCCGGCUGCGCAGGCAAAGAGAUCAGCAAGCACAGAAAAAAGAAGAAGCUGAAUGGGAAGGGAAGAUUCCUAGGACGCACGCCGGAUGUUGACGAAAGAGAUCGUAAAGAUUACUAUACCCCAAGUACCAAUCUAUUCGAGUGUCAUUGCGCAGAAGUUGUACAACGCUACGGCCUGAGCAACGACAUGCUGAGGUGUGAACGCGUGACGGAUAUUCAAUAUGAUGUCAUCAGCACCAUGCACGACGUUGAGCACGAUAGCGUAAUAUCAGACGAUGUCCUCGAGGACGAAAAGAAGAUCUUCCGCAUCAAGACCGACCUUGGGGUGCACUAUGCCCACGUUGUGAUACUCGCUGUCGGUCCUGGAAACGCCCCUACCAUACCUAUCAUUCCUGGGUUGCCAAACGAAACCACACACGAAGGCUUUGCGCACGCUCUGCACGUUAGGCAUUUCCCGCCUUCAUACGUUAUGACCAAGGUCAAAGCUCGCCGACCCACGAACCUAGUCAUCGUUGGAGGCGGCCUGACAAGCAUUCAGCUUGCAGACGUCGCCAUCAGAAGUGGAGUCAGCCGAGUGUGGCUCCUGAUGCGAGGACCGCUAAAGGUUAAGUAUUUCGAUAUGGACUUGGACUGGGUGGGGAAGUUCCGUAACUUCAGGCAAGCCGAAUUCUGGACAGCAGAUACCGACGAAGAACGCUUCGAGAUGUAUUCGCGAGCUCGCAACGGAGGUAGCAUUACACCGCGCUAUCGCAAAAUCCUCGACGCACAUGUUGCAAGUGGAAAGAUUGCUAUGCAUACGUACACUACUCUUCAGUCGCUGUCAUGGGACCCUGUGCUGAAGUCUUGGUCUUGCACCACCUCAUCGCCUGAGGCUACACUUCCGGCCAUUGACUACAUCGUCUUCGCUACCGGUGUUCAGUCCGAUAUCCGCACUAUACCGUACCUACAAUCGAUCAUCAAAGAAUACCCGAUUGAAUGCGUCGGCGGAUUCCCAUGCCUAACUGACGAUUUGAUGUGGAGCGAAGAUGUUCCGCUCUUUGUCACCGGCCGUUUUGCCGGCUUGAGGCUGGGACCAGGGGCGCCGAAUCUAGUAGGUGCGAGGAUUGGUGCGGAACGAAUAGCUUGGAACGUUGACGAUGUGCUGAAGAAGUUGGGGCGGACUCGAGGCAUAAUAGACGAGGAUGAUAGCGAUGAUGAUGGGAAGUUAGAGGCAUAUGCUGCUGCGAGGGAUAAUCGGUUCGGCAGCUUGAUAGACAUGGAAGAUGCUUCGUCCUAG